AUGAGGGUAGAGACGCGCACUCAUCAGAGCAGGGCCGCGCACCAGCCGGAUAAGGCUUCUGGUGCGCUGGCGGGAAAGGAGAAAGAGAAGGGCCGGCUUAGGAUAUGCGACGGCAUACCUGCCCACCCACUGGGUCCGCCAGUGCCGGCAUGGCCUUCCUCUACACCCAGGACGGCAAGGUCUGGCUCGUCGCGGUGGCCCCACGGGGGUCCGGAGCGGCGUUGCAGGUCGACGGCGACGGGGCCAUCCUCAACCUCGGGGGGUCCGGCGCUCAUCAGGCUGUCGGGGCUUGCGCUCCACCCGAAGUUCGCGGCCAACGGACGCUUGUUUGUCUCGUACACCUGCGAUAGCGCCACCUCACCGGCGUGCGGCGGCGCUGCAUCAUCGUCCUCGUCUGGUGCUGCUGGAAAUGGGUCCAGGUACCAGCUCGUUGUCGAAGAGUUCACCACCAAGGGCGGCGCUUACUAUGGCAAGAUUACCGAAGCGAGGAGGAAUUUUGCCAUGGAUUUGCCGCCGCAGCUGGUGGACGCGCCCAACCAGCAGCGUGGCGGCCAGAUCUUCCGUCCUAGUGACGAUGAUGGGUAUCUCUACCUCGCUACGGGGCACGGUGGUGGACUAGGAGGCGAAGCGAGCUCCCCGUUUCUUGGCAAAAUCGUCAGGCUCGACGUCGACAGCAUGCCUGGCAACAACGAGCCCCAGAUCUUUGCCGCUGGACUCAGCAACCCGAGGGGCUGCAGCUUCGAUUCCAUGAGGCCUUCCGACUUGUACUGCGCCGGAGUGGAUGAGCGACAGAACGAGCAGGUGUACCUGAUCUCCAACCACAGUGCCUCUCCGACCACGGCCGCCGUCUCCGUCAUCAUCAGCCACGGCUGUUCAACCGGCGGCCACAUCGAGGUCCCGCAUCAUCAUCAGCCACGGCCGUUCAACCGGCGGCCACAUCGAGGUCCCGCUGACCCCUUCUUGAGCGGAAGGUACGUGUACAUAUAUAAUUCAUCCGUGUGGGCCGCAGCAGAAACUCCGGCAAGCAAUGGGCUGCAUGCUUACCCCUCCGUCCGGAUCCCCAAAGUCCGGUGCUGGAGAGCAGCCCCGUGCCCUGCAACGGAUCGCCGGUAGCAUCGUCUUCUUGGGCCAGGACAGCAUCAUGGACGUCUACAUCAUCACCGCUGGCGGCAUCUACCGAGUCAUUCCGCCAGGCCUCUGCGCCGGCGGCGCUCCUCCUCCCGCGCCGCCGCAGCAGAUGCUACCAUGGCUUACGUGGCUCAUCUCCAUCCUUGGACUCAUCUUCCUGGUAGCAAUCCCAGCUAUCUCCUUGUGCUUGUGCGGCGGCGCAGGAGCAGCAGCAGGGCGGCCUACACCAAACUGGUACUUAAGCUUGAGCUGCUGCUCAUGGAAUUGCUGCUCCAGUGGCACGACAAAUUAACGACAAUACGACACAAUAACUAUAAUACUAUAUAUACACCUAUUGGUGGUCAAGAAAUAAGGGUCGUCUACGGCUUGAGUUACUCGGUUUUUUUUAUCAUUUUGUUCAUGUACAUGGCAGGUUUGUUUUUGUCACCAAGUUGUAGUUUGUCCAUGUGCAGAGUCUAGCUAUGUUGUCGAGUCGGGUCUGUGUAAAAAUACUAGCGAGUAUAUAUCCACGCAUCUUUGUGUGUUUGAAAAUUGGAACUCAUAAACAUAUAUUGUUAGGCUACAAUCAUAGCAUAUCUAUGCCACUAUAUGGUAGAAUUUAUUUGUUA